AUGGGGGAGAUAACUUGGGUUGAGGAAGGUAGUAGUAAUGGCCAUGCGACUGGCUCUAGGAAGAGGAAAGUUCGACCCAAAAGAUUCCAGUUUGUAGGAUGGGGUUCGAGACAGCUCAUUGAGUUUCUCCAGUCUCUUGGCAAAGAUACAACAAACAAGAUCUCCAGAUUUGAAGUUAGUGAGGCUAUUGGAAAGUACAUCGCUGAGAAUGGUCUCUUGGAUUCGUCGAAUAAGAAGAAAGUUGCAUGCGACGAUAGGUUGGUUUCGCUUUUCGGGGCCAGGACGAUAUUGAGGAUGAAAGUCUAUGAUCUGCUGGAGAAGCAUUACGAAGAGAAUCAGGAUGAUUCGGACUUUGAUUAUCUCUACGAGGACGAGCCGCAGAUCAUUUGUCACUCUGAGAAGAUAGGUAGCCGGACGAGAAAGGUUGUUGAGAAGAAACCUAGAGGCACUUUUGCUGCAAUUGUGAGUGAUAAUGUCAAGCUUGUCUACUUGAGAAAGAGUUUAGUCCAGGAACUGGUCAAGUCUCCUGAGACCUUUGAGGGUAAAAUGUUGGGAAGCUUUGUGAGGAUCAAGCCUGACCCUAAUGAUUAUCUUCAGAUCAACCCUUAUCAGCUUGUUCAGGUGACAGGCGUGAAGAAGGAACCUGGGACUGACGAUUUCCUUCUUCAGGUUACAAAUUAUAUGAAAGACGUUUCUGUCUCUAUGCUAUCUGAUGAUAAUUUCUCUCAGGAGGAGUGUGAAGAUUUGCAUCAGAGAAUAAAAAACGGUUCUCUUAAGAAGCCCACAAUUGUGGAGAUGGAAGAAAAGGCUCGAAAUUUACAUGAAGAUCAGACAAAACACUGGCUUGGACGAGAAACUUCCCGGCUACUCCGCGAAGUUCCGGAAGUUAUCGGAGAGGAACUUGUACCAAACCCUGAAGCGUCCCUUGAGGAUCAUACAACUGAUAGUGAACAGAGAUUGAGCGAAUCUCCAAUAUCGAGCAUUCAAGAAACCCCAGAAGUCCGCCGCGAACUUUUCGGUGGAGAAGAUCAACAAUGUAAUGGUCUCCUGGCAUCAACCCCCAUCACAACCGCCUUGUAUGGUAUGGAGUUAAACGAGAGAUUGCCAACAUUGACUGCUUCUGCAGAUGUAGAGCAGCCAACAGAAGGCAUCACUGGAGGAGAGACGCAGACUAAAGAGUCCAACGUGUCUGAGCUUCAGACAAUUAAUCCCAGCAACGGAUCUCAACCUCAACCAAAUCCAUCAGAGAUAAUCGAACUGAGCGACGAUGAUGAUGAAGGUGACAACGAUGACGGAGAGACCGUUGAUCCUGGAGUUGAAGAUAUUAAGGCUAUGUCUUAUGAUAAAGACAAGUUGGACUGGUUCUACAAAGAUCCUCGGGGUCAUAUACAUGGACCUUACGCUCUCACGCAACUCAAAGCUUGGAAAGACGCAGAGUACUUCAACGAAGACUUCAAGGUUUGGAUGACAGGACAGAGCCUGGAAUCUGCAGUUUUGCUAACCGAUGUUCUUCGUGGAGUCUGA